GCCAAUACACUUAAGCAGUGACCUACUAACACAGAUCCAUGAGUCAGGAGCCACCUUGAGAGGAAAAAGCCAAGGGAGGAGAGAAGCGAGCUUUUCCGCAACUUGUAGGAUUUUUAUCGAGUUUUUGACCUCACUACCCCAUCUGAUGGAACACCGGGACCCCGAACCCUGAGCCGGAAGCCCGGCGGACACCGAAUCCUCCAACCAGGUACUAAAUAAGGUCCAGUUUGGAUUUGAGGUUUUCAUUAAAACUGCUUUAUUUCCACUCCAAGAUUUUUGCGUAAUGGUGAUGUGUUUACGGGUCGUGCGCCACAUAUUUGUCUUCACGGUUUUACAUUUAGACCAAGUGUGUAUUUCUGUGUCAUGUUGAUAACCUGUAUGAUUUAUAGCCCUAUUUUAAACUUAUAUAUAACUACGGUAACAUUUACAGUGAAGGUGUAGUUAAGUUGGAGGAUGUUAUGCAUAAUCACUUCAUUACAGCGUGUUAUAAUUUGAUUAUUUUUUUUGCAUGUUAUCUGAUUUUUACAGAAGAAGCAUAAUUAUCAUAAGUAGCAUAUUGGAGGCGUGUAUUGAAAUACAGUCAGGCACAGGGGCCUACAGCAGCAGCAGUAGCAGGAGUUUACGGAUUGCGACACAGUGGUGAAACCCAGAAUUAGAAAUGUCCGACUGUAACGUAAUCAAACCCUCACGGCUGCUGUUAUCGGGCCACUGUACAUUAAAACACACCCCCACAUGUUCAGUGUUCAGAGGUUUAAUUUCUGAUUUAAUCGGUUUUGUGUUUGAUAUAGUUUACUAUGAGGUGAUUAUAAGAGCCCACUCUCAGGGCGUAGAUAGAUAGACCCCACGCUUCAGUGUCAUGAGUAAGCAGCGCAGUGAUGUCAUGUAUUAACAGCGUGAAUGCCCUCAUUGUCUCACUUCAGCCUGUUACACUGAUUUCAAUUUUAUUCACUGACAUCUUUUAACACUUAAUACCCCCAGAGUGGAGUAAACACACUGUUAUUGCCUUGGUGGUAAAUAUUGCAUAAUGUCUGCAGCCAUAGACAUGGUUUAGAGGGGAGUGGAGGGGAGAGGAGGAGGGGGGAGUUUAUUGUGUAAUCCGGACACAAUGAAGGAAUCUGGGGCAAUAGGACGUGUUGACGGGCCGCUGCGGUCCGGGCCGCGCUCCCCGGAGCUCACGUUGCGGUAAUAUUACCUCCCAUUUUAAUCACGUGUGGGCCAAAUUUAGUGUUGAUGUCAUGUUAGAGAGAACAAAAGGGAGGGAUCAUCCCCGCAUAACCCUGCAGGGCUAUGCAACAUCUGUAAAAUGUUACAACACCGGUCUGAGACAAAGACGUGUUUACUGUAACUCUCUCCUCCUCCUCCUUCUCCUCCACUGUUGCUGUUUUAAAAGGCUGAUUUAUGGAUUUAAAGUGGCCUAAAGGUUAACAACACAAGGCGUGUUUGGGGUUGUAAUUAUUUGCAGCAAGUUUGCAGAACAGGAAAGGUGCCAGGCAAUGAAUGAUUAAUUAUUAAUCAUGUUUUCCUGCCUAAAUGCAGACCUAGAUAGUGUAAGUCAAGGGAAAUUUCCCCCCACCUCUAACUCUUUUCAUGUCUAUUAUGCAAGCAGUUAUAAGCAGUCUUAAAUAUCCAAUUGAUGUAAUUUUUGUAGCUUGUAAAAAUGCCAACAGUUUUAGCCCCAAAAGACAGGCACAUUUAUUGUAUAAUAUAGUAAAUUUGGUCUGUAUUGUACAUAUUUAUAUUUACUUUUAUUUUGUGUUUUCAUUGCUGCUGUAACAUGGGAAUUUUCCAGUUUGGGAUCAGUAAAGUCUAUCUAUCUAUCUAUCUAUCUAUCUAUCUAUCUAUCUAAUCUGUUCAAAUUUACAUGAGAACAUAGGAGCGGUGGAAACAGGGCCAGAUAAAAACAUUAACUUCAUUAACAUGUAAAGGAACAGGACAAAGAUAGGGGGAGAAAAAAGUGAAAAGAGUUACAUCAGUUUAAAAAAAGUUUGUCUCGGUUAUGUGUGUGUGAGUGUGUGUUAGCAGGUCUGUAUGUAAUGUCGGCCUCGGGUUACGGUCUGUGUGUUUCAGCUUUUUGAGCCUCUGCCAGGCCACGUGUUAUGAUUACAGCUGACUGUACUCCUUUGUUCCCUCUGUGUGAGAUGUAUGGAGGCUCAUAAAGCCCAAAACAGGCAAAACUGCCUUGUAAGGAAGCUUGAUCUAAAGCACAUUUAACACGUAGGAGAGGAAGUUACUCUUUCACUGGAGGAGAGAAACACUGGCAAAAAAGUUGACUGAAUGAAUAAAUGAAAUAGUUUUAUAAUCAUUAUUGCUACUUGUUUAAAGGAGAUUUGGAUGGGUCUGAAAGUGGGCCCUUUAUUUUUAAACUGUUUGGGGAAUAACAGAUUUAAAUAUACUAAAAUAUUAGUGAUUUUUUUUUUUAUGUUAUUUUAAGUGUCCGACAACUUCACAGACAGAAUCCCUUCAGAGAGUUUAUUAAAAUGCAGAGUGUUGAGUUUUUGCAGAUAUUCAAAUAUCAAUGUUUCCAAACUCAUAUGGACACUGAUUCCAAUUUAUCCAAUUCAUGUGCAUCUUCAGUCUGCAAAAGCUCUGUACUAAGAGGCUGGUUAACACUUACCAUAAACCCCUGACUUACAAGAGCAAUACAUUUACUGGUUUUUGUUUUUAAAUCUUGUUAAGCUCUUUUACCUUUGGCUGUUUGCCGUAAUAUUUAUUGGUUUUGUCAACAGGUUUUUGCUUGCCCUGACCUUGUACUGUAUGUCAAAAGAACAACAUGUCUUCAUUUUCAGCACUGGUGAUAUAUGAAGCAAAGAAAAAACCCACCUCAGUAUGUGUUGAUUUAUUGAAACAGUGCAGUCAAGGCAUGUGUAAACGCAACCUGGCCUGUAGUUUCAUGAAACUGAUGUAACUCUCUUUCUGCUCGCCAGCUCACACAGUUAACUUCUUAGUAAGUCAUCAAAGUUCUCUCAAGUGGGUCCACUCCACAUCAGAGCAGGUUCUUGUGUUAGUUUGAAGCAGUUAUGGAAACUUUAAUGACUCUGUGUUAAUGUUUGUUACAUGUCCUCUCACUGUUCCUCCUCUACUCUGAUAGUCCAGUGCGCAAAGCUUUGCAAGAGUCUCAUUGGUCAUCAAAGCUGCAGACCAUAAUAUCCUAAAACUAAUUUAUAUUUAAGGUUUUCAGAAAAAUAAACACUAAAAUAAAUCAGCAUGAAAGAGAUACACUAGUUCUAAUGAUAGAAACCAUGUUUUAGAAAUAUUCGUUUGACCUGGACUUAAAUUAUACACUUUAUCCAUCUGUUAACAUGAGGGAGGUGGGGUUUAUGACUCUCUAAUCUCUAAAGUCAAUAACUAUCUUGUUGUUUUUAACAGUAUUAUUAAACCUAUAAACCAAUAUUAUGCUGAGAAUAUCAUGUACCCCGAAUUUUUCUUUCUCCCUUCAUGGUCUUUUUUUUCGUUAAACAACCUUUACAUCUUUGUUUCUGAAGCCACCAGACUUUAUUUCCAAAAGAUUGAACUUUACAAUAUAAUACAAUACUAUACAAUAUUAAGCUAAAAAUAUUAGUUUUGAUUGUUUUGAUUGAUAUUGAUGCGCAGCGUAUUACAAAUGAAUACAUAUGAUAUCAAAAGAACACUGAUUUAUGCAACUUACAAAUUCUACUUACUUACUUACCCUCAAUUUUUAGAAAAACAAUUUAAAAAACUGUGUAGUCUGUCUUUUAUGUUUAAGCGUGUUUGUCUAACUGGAUGAUAUGAAUGUCUGCUGCUCCUCUCCCUGCUCUCCUCUCUCCACCUGUGGCCGCCUGAUAGUUUGUACCACAGUUGCAGAUCAUGUUGAGGAUGCAUCACUCCACCACUAAUUUUAGGGAAAGUCCUAACUUCUUCAUGCUCCUAAACUUUGUUUCUCAUUGAUCUAAUCUGCUGGUGAUGAAGUGAAAGUGAGAGCUGUCUAAGGGGAGGGAUUGUGCCCACUGUUAUCAUCUUUCUGUUAAAGACGGACAUGAGAUGAUGCUCACACUGGCGGUCUGAACAGAAGCCAACACAUUUCUAGGACACUGUUGACUACUGACAGAAAAGUGAAAUCAGGGUUUGCCUAAACCAACUAUACUGUACUGCUUGGUAGAAACACGCCAUCUGACCCCAUCAGUGACAGAAGCAGGAACUUUUUUUGUGGACGUAGUGUAAUAAAAAUGUGAUCACUUAAAGGGUAUGUUGUGCAUUUAAUACAAGAUACCUUGUGGUUUCUCGCUAAACUAACAUCUGGAAUAGAUCGUAAACUUUAUUAGGGCUUUGUUAAAACCUGGCUCUGAUACCUAAAACUUGUCUUGUUAUCCUUUGUUUUACAGAUUUCCUCACUGUCAGCGGAUUACUCUGAUGUAGGAGUCAUUGUUGCUGCACUGGACCAUAAUGGUGAACAGUUAAAACGACAUGAGCACACCCACAGAAGCCUACUUUGAUAAUAUGCAAUCAAUCAAGCAGGAGGUGGACUCCAGCAGGUCCUACGGCGGGGACGACGCUCUGGUCCUGGCUGUGGCCUUACAAGGAUCCAACAGAGACCUAAUAGGCCAUAAACUCUCUGCAAUGCCCUUCAAGGCAAAAAGUACCUGUCGGAGGAAGAGGGAGUUCAUCCCAGAGGAGAAAAAGGACAACGUUUACUGGGAGAGACGGAGAAAAAACAACGAGGCGGCCAAACGCUCCAGAGAGAAGAGGCGCAUAAACGACAUAGUGCUGGAGAACAAGCUGAUGGCGCUUGGAGAGGAGAACGCCUCGCUGAAGGCCGAGCUGCUGUCGCUGAAGCUGAAGUUUGGCCUCCUAAGCGCUGCUGCGUAUGCACAAGAAGUCCAGAAGUUGUCUACUUCUGUCAACCUCUACCAGGAUUUUGUUCCUCCAAGUGCCGCAGAGGGACCCAGCAGAGAUUCAGAACCCAGUCAUGUUCGCAGCAGCUGCAUAUCUGUCAUCAAGCACUCGCCUCACACUCCUGAGACAUGCGCUGCACCUCAAGGGGGCUUCAGGACCGCAGAGGUAAAGCAGGAACCAGCAGAAAACAGCAACUAUGCACAGGAGAGGGGCAGCCCCUAUGAACUCUACAGGAAGUUAAUCUCCAACCCGCUGUCUGGAGUGUACUCACAGCCGGCAUCCUUCCUGCAGAUCACCAGGUCGUCUAGUAACUCCCCCCGCAGCUCCGAGGACGGGGCCGUGAGUAAAUCCUCAGACGGCGAGGACGAGCAGCAGGUCCCUAAGGGUUUGACGCCCUCUGUAGCUGACCAGAGAAGUGUCAUUGUCUCCACCCACAAAGUGCCAGAAGCCGGUUCUUCAGCUUUGCCCCACAAACUCCGAAUCAAAGCCAGAACCGUCCAAAUUAAAGUGGAGGCCAUCGACCCUGAGUACGAGUCCUCUGGAAAAUCCUCCCCCCCUCUCAGCCUCCCGGACGGAGGAAGCUUCCUGCCUCCACAGGACUCCUCAGGGUUCUCCCAGUCCUCCCCGUGUCCUCUCUCCUUACAGGUAUCCGACAUGCAGGACUGGACCCAGAGGACGGAGCAGUGGCACAAAACCAGCACAGAGACUCUGCAGAAAGUCAGCAGGCUGACCCCGAGUCCCAACGAUGCUACUGUGGACGCCAAAAACCCGCCCAAUGCGGACUUGUACCUGAAACAAGGACUUGCUGACCUGUCGGCACAAGUGGCCACUCUGAAAAGACUGAUCACAUCACAGCAGGGGUCUGUGAUAGAGUCGACCAAAAACAGCGCUGUACAUCCUGAGUCUGACGGAGGCUCCUCUGAAUGAUGUUUGUACUUUUUGUAUUUUUCACUGUAUUUGCUGUUGCACUGUGUGGUUCCUGUUAGGGUUGCACCAUGUUUCUAUCACCAGACUUUCAAAAUAAAAUGUCUUUAAAUGACAGCAGAAUCUCAGAUAGUCAUGUAGUUUGAUUGAAGAGUGAUACAGACACAUGUCAGCCCAUUUCCUCUGACACCACUCUCGUGGUGAAAGCUCAGAUGAUGUUCAUUUUGUGUUCAGGCCUUGAAAUACAGUGAAAACUUGGAUUGGAUAUUAGGGACAAAAUAAUGCUCUCAAAAUAAUUUGUUAGUUGAUUAUUUGCUGUAACUAACCAUUUCAGUAACCUCAGUAAAUGUUAAAAUACCGCCCAUCAUUAACCUAGUUUUGAGUAAGCAGAAAAUGAAUCCUGAAAUCUCCCGAAACAACUCAGAAAGUAACCUUACAUUAUAUGAAAAAAAUAACAUUUUAGUAACAAAAAAAAGUAGCUUUAAAAACACAAGCCCAUAAAGACAACAAUUUCAUAAAACACAUAUGAAUGUUGUGCUACACUUCAAUUAAAUACAAUUGAAUGUUUUUAAAAAAUUGGGCCCUGAAAAAAUUAAGCUUAGCACAAAAACAAUAAACUUGUUUCUAGUAGAUUACUCAUGCUCAGGGCACUUCGAGCAUGGUUAGGACAUGCUCUGCCCACAAACUGUUCUGUCCUCCUAAAAAAAAAAACCAAAGAGACCCAAAUUACACAUAAUCAGAAAAAACAAACUUGUGCACGAGUUUACAAUAAGCUGAUUUAAUCCUGAACACAAGAUACUGACCUUUGCACAUAAGAUCAUUAACUCAUCCCCAUACGUUGUGCACACAAAAUUACGAGCUCCCAAUACAUGUAAUAUAAUUUUAUUGUGUUACAAGGUUUUAACCUGUGUGCACAAUCAACUCCAUCUUCAAAGUUAUGAACACGUGUUUGUGAUAUGAUUUUCUUGGGGGAGCUGCGCACAAGAUACUAACCUGUCAUGCACUCGUCAUUUUGUCAACUUUUGUGCACAAGAUAAAACCUUAUUGAUCUUAGGUGUUUCACCCUGGCAGUGAUGUCAAAUAAAAACGGCUUUCAUUUAAAACAUUUUUUCGCUUUUUUAACUGGCCGCUGCUCUCAGUUGCUCCAUCUGCUUCUGGUUUGUGGUUCUUUUGACCGUGUUAAGUUACAAUUACAGUCAGUGAAAAAUAAUGUAUAGCGUUAAAUGCCCACCAGUAAAAUGCGCAGGGUUGUGUCUUUUAAGGGGGACUGAAGUCCUUGAGUGAUGAUUAUCUCUGAAGAGAUGUAAAAAGGUGUGUUUUACUGACUGUUUCUGCUUUAGUGAGAAGCUGCAGAUGGGUGGAUAGAUAUGAGAUGCUCACCUUCAUUGGUUGGUGCUGUAAUGUCCCCACAUGUGAUACAGGUAAACGUAUAAAGCAAUUCAAGGCAAGGAGACUUCUGAUCAGUAAUACCAGGUAAAUAAAGGCUUGUCUCGUUUAUACAGUUUUUGUAUUGUAUCACUGCUGUAUGUGUCUGAAUAAAGGAUUUCUGGAUGUUAUUUGGGGAUUUAUCACUCAGCUAUGUUUCAAGGUCGAUUAUGCACAGAGCUUUUAUUUGCUUUAAACUUCGUUUUUAUAUACUUGUUAUCCCUCAGCACUGCUCUGCUUAAGUUUUAUUAGCCUUCAUUGUUAUGGAUUUUGCAGCUAGGCCAUUUUAUGCCUUAAAACUGAAAUUUAUUGUUUUUAGUCUGUUAGGUCCACCUAAAGUGGCUUUUUUUUCACGCCAGUCUGAUGAUGUAAUAUCAGUAAGUGGAGGCAAACUUUUAACUCCGCAGUACAAGGAGGUUUCUGAAGGGUUUUCCUUUGCAAAAUUUUUAUUAUAUUUGGUAAAUUUUAAAACUCCCAAAUUUUCUUAUAACUCUCCAUUUUGGUACAAAUAGAUGUCAUACUUUUAAUUAUUCCAAAGUUCCCUUGAAAUCUUACAGUAUUGUCUUCAAAGCUCCUCUGAGGACUUUUCUGUUUGCAUUGAUUUUGGCGACCCCUGUGGACAAAGUUAUACUCCACUUGUAUCAGGCAUGCAUCUCUUUCUGAGUAUUUGCAGUAGAAGAUGAAAAGAGUGGGUGUUUCUCUUGUGUGAUGUGAAGCAGCACUGUCAGGCUUUAAAAAUGAAAGUAAAGAGAUUAUAAGCUUGUUGCUGAUGGCUUUCUUUGUUUUUUAGGUCGUAAAAAAACCCAGCAUCAAUUGCAGUGUUUUUAAUGAGCAGUUCAAAACCCCUCACAGGAGCUUAGAGGACUUUUUGCUUCUAAUCAGAAGUUCACCUCAAAAAAAAAAACUUUUAAAUGAUAUUUGAGAGUUUCACGUUUCCAGGAAGACACUGAAAAGUUGUUCUAAACAAAUUCAAGUUUUCAAUUUUUAAAUCCUCAUGUUUUAUGCAGUCUUUUGUUAUCACCCUCUAAGGUUUGCAGGAAAAAAGUACAAUUUCAUGCAAGUCAAAUAGAAAGUAAUUAGUUUCUCUGCAAGACAGAUUUGAUUAAUAAGAUUAAGAAGAUAUUCUAUCAAGUUCAAAAAAGUUUUUUUUCCAGGGAAAUUUUGGAAAAUUUACAAAAGUACCACCUUGAAUUGCUGCAUUUCACUCUCUCUGAGCCUGAUUUGCAAUUUUAAUCCCAUUGACUUUCACUGCAGCAGGUAUCUAUAGAUUCUGCUGCAUGUUGAUGACAUUGUCACUAAGCUUUUCCUCCCUCUGUCUCUGCUGGAGUUAAAAAAGGCAAGUUGCAAAUUUUUGCAGAUAUUCUAGUUUUGCUGUCAGAUUUCCUCUGCCUCAUCCACUGGUCACUGCUGUUGCUUCACUUUGUUUUUUUGAUUGUGGAUUUUUUUUUUAUUGUCAGACUUUCAGGGCGCCGGUUAAACGGAGAUUUAGAUGUUGGUUAGGAUUGUAAAAAAGUUUCUGAUGGAGCGGACACAAAAUGUUCUUAGAUAUGAGCUAAAUUGACAUUUUCAUGAACAAAUCUCCACGGUUUCAGCGUAACACAGCUUUUAUAAAUGUAACAUUAAAUUUUAAAGGGGUUUUGUUACACAGCUUUCUCAUAGCACAUGCAUUUAAUGUUAAGAAUGAUGAUGAUGAUGAUGAUGAUGAUGAUGAUGAUGAUGAUGAUGAUGAUGAUGAUGGUGAUAACUCCAUUUGCAGCAGCCUGAACUUCGGGUUCUGUAUCUGAACACUUUUCUCAAUUGUAUUGUAAUGGUGAGUUUUGUUUACAAUAAAUGUCUUGUCACUGAAUCAUAAA